UUACAAGCCAUCCCUUUGCCAGCUGCUGGAUUGCACACUGCCUAGUGAGAAUGGAGCAGGUGGACUCAAAUGGCCUUGAAAUCUACACAGCUGUACUGCGCUGAUUCCAAAGCUGUGGCCCACAGAAGGAGCACUUUCUCCCUGUUUCGACUGAAAUACUAUGUAUUACUUCAACCACUGUUUUCCGUGUAAAGAGCAGCUGCAGUUUCGCUGAAGGAGCCCCGGGUCCCCCGCGCCGAGAUCUCCCCGCGAGGCCGCCCUGAACCGGGGCCCGUGCGGGCAGGGCAGGGCCGGGAGCGGAGCGGGGCAGUGCCGAGCCCGCCGCCGGCUGCUCCGCCCGGGCGCGCAGGGGCCGCUCGUGGGGCGCGGCGGAGCCCGGGCCGGCGCCGCCCGGCGCGGGAGGCCGGAGGAUGGCUCGCUCUCUGUAUGAGUGGCUGUGGCAGCACGAGUUCUGGCUGCCCCCAGGAAUCACCUGGGAGGACAUGCAAGAAUCUGAAGACACUCAUUACCCUCAACCUCGUGAUCUCCUGCUCAGUAUCCCUUUUGCUUUAAUCUUGGUAGUCAUUCGAUGUGCCUUUGAAAGAGCCAUAGCCCUGCCCCUCAGUACCAAACUGGGUGUGAGAGACAAACAGAGACCAAAAGCUCAGCCCAACCCCAUGCUGGAAACAUUCUAUAGUACAUGCUGCAAGAACCCUAAAGAGGGUGAUCUGCUCAGUUUAGCCAAGCAAUGUGACCUGCCAGUGAGGAAGGUGGAGAAGUGGUUCCGGCACCGGAGGAACAUGGACCGGCCCAGCCUGUCCAAGAAGUUCAGCGAGGCCUGCUGGAGAUUUACAUUUUACAUCACUUCUUUCUUCACUGGACUCGCUGUCCUGUACGAUAAGCCUUGGCUUUGGGACCACAGAGAGUGCUGGACAGGAUAUCCACAACAGCCUCUCCAGCCCUCCCUGUUCUGGUACUACAUGCUGGAGCUCUCCUUCUACUGGUCACUGGUCUUCACCUUGCCUUUUGACGUGAAGAGGAAGGAUUUCAAGGAGCAGAUAGUCCAUCAUGCUGCAACCAUCUUCCUGAUCAGUUUUUCAUACUGUGCCAACUACAUCCGCAUUGGGACACUGGUGAUGGUGAUUCAUGAUGCUUCUGAUUGCUUCCUAGAGCCAACUAAGAUAUUCAAUUACAUGAAGUGGAAAAAAACUUGUGACAGCCUCUUUAUGAUCUUCUCAGCUGUUUUCCUGAUCAGCCGCCUGGUCAUUUACCCCUACACAGUGCUUUAUAACACCUACUAUUACUCCAUGGAGAUAUUCCAGCCCUUCUUUGGAUAUUACUUUGUGAAUGUUCUCCUGAUAAUUCUGCAGCUGCUCCAUGUCUUCUGGUCCUGCCUAAUUAUUCACAUGGUCUGCAAGUUCAUCCUCCAGGGCACGAUGGAAAAGGACAUGAGAAGUGACACAGAAGAAAGUGACAAGGAUGAAGAAAGAGAUAAAAUUAGAGAAAAGGAGAAAAAUGGGAUCACAUGUUUCAGCAACGUCACAAGCAAUGGUUACAUCCAGAGGAAUGGAUCUGAGCCCCUGGACAAGAGAGCCCACCGUGCCAAUGGCCAUGCCAAGGAAAGAUAGCUGCUGUCCUGUGCUGCUGGCUUGGCCUCCAGCGACCCCAGGCCACCAUCUGUAGAAAGAGUUUUGCUCACUGUGUAGAUUAACUGGAGUGCAAUUGCAGUAUUGUAGCCGAAUUCCUGCUUCUCAUAAACCAAAAUGUUUAUUGUCAGUGGAUAUUUGAAGAAAUUUUUUUGUCUUCCUUCAGUAAAAGCUUACUAUAGGUUGUAGCCUCAAAACAGAUAGCAAGGGAUCAAAGUGGUUUGACUUGUAUUGAGACUGUACCAUAAUUGUUGUCAAUUGUGUUAAUCUUGAAAAAUACUUUAAAAUAAGAAGGUGGAUAAACUCUGGCAGUGUCAAGUUUUACCCACCUAAUAUUUGAUAGGAAUCAGUUUAGCCUGGAUCAGCCUCUGGAGGCCCUGGCCUAUUGCCAGUGAUUAUUAUGGCUGACAAGUGACAAAUCUUACCACUGGGAUACCUCUUCUGAGAAAACAGGUGCCCUGUAUACAUUUACAAAAUUAAAACUGAGCAUAGUGAAAUGAAAGCUUUUGGAAAGGCAUAAAAUAAAACAUACUCUUCUCAAAGGAAGUACUCUUUGUGCCAGUGACCAGUUUUUUGUAAUGGCAUGGAUCUCAGUCCCUGCUUAUUGCCCCUAAGGAGGGAGCUCCAAAGCCCAGGCUGGAGGAGUACUCACACAAAUCACAUUGGAAGAGCUGGGAAAUCCAGACAGAUGUUUUUCAACACUUAGGAGUUGGACUUGAUUAUCCUUGUGGGUCCGUUCCAACACAUAAUAUUCUGUAAUUCUGUGAUAAUUGGUAGUUGGAAGCACGUGUUCUGUAUGCUGUGAUCUGAGGUCUCACCUCUCUGUAGGUGCUGUGCUCAGGAGGGAUAUUGAAAUGAUACAUCAUUUUGUACUACUGAAUGUAAAUGUUCUUUAUAAAUUACUUUAAAAGGUUUGA